GCUGAUUCCCCUUGAUUGUGUCUUGAUUCUUGGCGAGAAAACUAGCGUUAUAAUGGCUAAGCUAAUUUAUUCAACAUUGCUGAUUCCACUUAUGUUUAUUGAAUAUUUAUAUUGCUACGAAUGUGGAACUCACAUAUAUGAUGAUGGUGAAGAUGGUAUCAUUCAAUCACCUGGUUUUCCAGCGCCGUUUCCAGAUGGACCAUACAAUUGUACUUACAUCAUCACCAACCCCUAUGGUGGCGAUGUUUUGCUGGAGUUUACUGAUUUUGUGACUCACAGUGAACUGCACUACUCACAUUGGUGUAGGGAAACACUUUUUAUUACAUUUGUUAAACAAGAUUCACCACAUUACGAUCCUGGCUAUCCCAUUUGCCACUAUAUGUCAGUAUAUCACACGUGGACAGGUAGUAAUACUACACAGGUCACAUUUCAAGUUCCAAGUUCCAAUUUAUUCAGACUUCCAGGAUUCAGGGCGAAAUAUUCCAUGGUUCCUUACAACUAUUCAUUGAUGUUCCAGCAUGGUGGUACCUUAAAAAUGGAAACAGUACCAUAUGAGAAAGCAAAUCACAAAUAUGACACUGUCCUGCCGCCAUCAACGGAAAAUUACACAUCUACCGUUAUCAAUAUUGUUAAAGCAUAUCCCGGUUUCCAGGUGGCCUGGUCAUUUUCAGGAAUUGAACAAUGGACCAGUCAAAAUGGGAGUGAGUUUAUACUGGAAAUUCGUGAUGGUCCCACAUCGAUGUCACCAUUAAUCGCUGAAUGGACGAAUUUAUCACAAGUUCAUAAUGUAUACUCGGAGAGUGGAUAUAUGUACAUUAGGUAUACAAAGAAUUAUAUAUCGUAUUUUAUUCCUGGUUCACACAUCUUCUUCAAAAAAACUUACCCGUGUCCAGUUGGAUUUUUCCAGUGUGUUCAAAGUGGAUACUGUAUUGGUACAUCUGCUGUGUGCGACGGUACUGACCAUUGUGGAGAUAACUCAGAUGAAACAGCGCCGUACUGUGGCAAUGAUUUAAUAGAUACCUGUUACGGCGAUCUCCCUUGUGUUGAAGAUCAAUCUCAUUAUGAAUGCGAGUAUUCGUAUUGUUAUUGCCAAACAGGGUAUGAUGGCGACAAGUGUGAAUAUGGUAAUUUUGAGUGCCCGUUCACAUGUCAAAACGGUGGUAAUUGUUCUGACUAUAGAUGUAGAUGUGCUAUAGGAUUCCAAGGUGACAAAUGUGAAAUCGAAAACGUAUGUGAAACACCCUGUCAGAAUGGUGGUACUUGUAGUGACUGGGGUUCAUGCUAUUGCCCUUCGGAUUACUAUGGAAAUGCAUGUGAAAAUAAAAUUUAUUAUCAUGAGAACAACAUUAACGAUUCUGGUUCUUCUGCUACUGGUAUCUCACUUGCUGUAAUGCUUCCGCUUAUUCUCGUCAUUGUAUGCAGUGUCGCGUGUUGUGUCGCCCUUUACAGAAAGGCGAUUCGACGAUUGCCGCAAAAUUCUACUGUUUUUUCGUCUGCAACAUUCACUGCCAAUCAAACAACAGUGUAUGUUGACAAUCCCCCAAUGUACCAAGAUAUUGUUACACCAACUGCUGGUACCAAUGGUAUCGCUAGUGAUGAGCCGGAUGGAUACAUUGAAGAAGAACCGGCCACGCCUCCACCGACUUACGAAUCGGCAACAAUGACCAUUGAAACGACACCGUCCACGAUGUCAGAAAACGUGGAAGCUGUCGCAGUUCCUUCAAAUGCUACGGGACACACAAAUAGCGACGCACAGACUGGUAAUUCCGUAUCGCCCGGAGGAAAUGUUGAAGAAAAUUAGAAGUAAUUUUUCAUAGUGAUCAUAUAACGUGGUGUUGUAUUUAAUUCAAUUCAAUAUACCCAAUUUGUGUUUUAAGUACGAUUCAACUGUUGGUUUUUAGUAUCAACAAGGUUCUUGA